AUGGCUACUACACACGUCGACGUCUUCAUCGUUGGUGCAGGUCCUGUAGGCCUCCUGCUGGCAUAUCAACUCGCCCGGCAUGGCCUCAAAGUCCAUAUCAUCGACGGAGCAGACAAGAGUCAUCCUGACUUCCCCAUGUAUGGACGGGCUUGCACUCUCCAUUCCAGGACACUUGAAUUGCUCGAUCAGAAUGACUUACUCGAUGAUAUGCUACAAGUCGGCGUUAUUGGGAAGCAGGGGUUCGCGUACAAGGAAGGUCAUCGGGUGCAGGGCAGGGGCUGGAACCUAUUCGCAAAACUGGGUGGCCAAACCAACUUUGACUACUCGCUCAACAUCCGAUUGAAGUACAGCGAAGAUUUCUUCAGACAAAAGCUCUCCGAACUAGGUAUUGUGGUAGAUGCGCCGGCAAAAUUGCUAGACUAUAGUCUUCAUUCGACCGCCGGGAACGACGAACCAAUCGAAGCGACAUACCAAAAUGCUUCAGGACCAAUCCAGACCGUACGGGCCAAGUAUAUCAUUGGUUCCGAUGGAGGCAGCAGUUCCGUCCGAAAGCUCGCAGACAUCCCAUUUCUUGGUGAACGGCACGUCGAUCACUGGGUUCGCAUAGAUGGAAUCGUGAAAUCAAACGUCCCGGAACAAAGAGUAGGUUUCGGCGCUGUCGAGUCUCCAACGCACGGCCAAGUCCUCUGGGUAGCCCUUGACCACGGCGCGACCCGGAUUGGCUACGCCUUGAGCGAGGAUCUGUACCAGAAAUACGGUACAAACAUGUCUGCAGCCGACGCAGCAGCUGAGGCAAGGAAGGCAGUCGCGCCCUUCGACCUCGAGUUCAUCGAGAUACAUUGGCACACCGUCUAUGGCAUCCAACAGCACGUUGCCGAGCGUUUUCAGGAUCGAGAACGCAUCCUGCUAGCCGGUGACGCGGCACAUACACACUCCAGUAGUGCAGCCCAAGGCAUGAACACUGGCGUGCACGAUGCCACAGCGCUUUCAUGGCGACUGGCUGGAGUAAUGAAAGGCUGGUACAAGCCGGAAGUCCUGUCCCUGUACUCGGACGAAAGAAGAGAAAGCUCGCAGCAUCUCAUCGAAUUGGACAAGUUAUUCAGCAAACUCAUUGCCCGCCAGAUACCGGAGAGUAUGAAAGGGCAGGGAGAUGAUCCUAUGGUACUGCUGGAUAAGAUCAUGACGCAACAAGCCGCUUUCACCCUCGGAUUGGGCAUCUCAUAUCCUCCGAAUCUGCUGAAUGAUGUGCAAAGCUCAACACUACCUAUUCUGACAGUACCAGGUCAUCGAUUCCCAGAUACCGACUUGCACAAGAACGGCGACCCGCGACAUCCCGUCCGCCUUCAUCAAGUCACGAAGCACAAUGGCAAAUUCCGUGUCAUCGUCUAUGCCGGUAUAGCAGCCGAAACACGUCCGUAUCUCCAACAGCUCCGUACGGCUAUCGACAAGCACAAAGGCCGCUUCGACCACGCCGUAGACUUCCUGACUAUCAUAGCCGGGUACGGUCGAGUCUUUGAUGAGCAUCUAGGCAUACCACGUUUUGGGAACGCAUAUUGGGAUAUGAAUCAUAGCGCUCAUGCGCUGCAAGGGGUCGUGGUCGAGAUUGGUGCUAUUGCUGUGCUUCGACCAGAUGGUAUAUUGGGAUAUACUUCGACAUUAGAUGGGUAUGAUGGAGUAGUGCGGUAUCUAGAACGCUUGAUCGUGCCUCGUGAGCCGGUGAAACAGAAUGGUGUCAAUGACCAUACUGGUCAGAAGAAAGACUUGGGAGAGUUCCUGGGCGAUAAUGAGAGUGCUUUGGCACAUAAACCAACCGUAGUGAAUGGCGUGGCGAAGUAA